CACAAAGCAGCUCUCUCUGUUCACAAACAAUCCUAUUUCCUCUCUUCAUUCUAAGCCACAUACCUCAACCAAUUUGAAACCAAAAUGACCGAAAAAGCCACCUACACGCACGGCCACCACGCGAGCGUCCUCCGCAGCCACGGCCAACGCACCGCCCAAAACAGCGCCCAAUUCCUGCUUCCCCACCUCCAACCACACCACAAGAUCCUAGACAUCGGCUGCGGCCCCGGCACCAUCACCGUGGACCUAGCCGCCCACGUCCCGCAGGGCCACGUCACAGGCCUCGAGAUGGCCGGCGCCAUCCUCCCGGACGCCCGCGCGCUCGCCGCAUCCCGCAACCUCACCAACAUCGACUUCGUCGAGGGGGACGCCAACGCCCUGUCCUACGCGGACGACACCUUCGACGUCGUCUUCUGCCAUCAGGUCCUGCAGCACGUCGCUGACCCCGUCGCCGUGCUGGCCGAGAUGCGGCGCGUGUGUAAACCGGGGGGCAUUGUUGCCGCUCGGGAAGCCGAUUACUCGGCGUUCAUGUGGUACCCCGAGCUGCCGGGGUUGCGGAGGUGGCAGGAGUUGUAUGACUCUGUGGCCCGGAAGAAUGGGGGUGAGCCGAAUGCGGGGCGGUUUGUGCAUGUUUGGGCGCGGAGGGCGGGGUUCGAUGCUGGGGCGGUGGAGUGUAAGGUGAGUGCUUGGUGCUUUGCGACGCCCGAGGAGGUGAGCUGGUGGAGUGGGACGUGGAAGGAGCGGGCGGUUAAGUCGGCGUUUGCGAAGGGGGCGGUCGAGAAUGGGUUUGCGUCGGCGGAGGAGCUGGAGGGCAUUUCUGGCGUGUGGAGGGAGUGGGGCGAGGAUCAGGAUGCAUGGAUUGCGAUUCCGAGUGCGGAGGUGGUUUGUCGGAAAUAAGUCGGUUUUGCUUGUGAAUAUUUUGGGGAGGGCUUUGGAUGUACAUAGACAGAGAUAUAUACUUGUUGGCUAGGGCAUGACCCUGCUUUGGA